AGCCAUGGAUCAGCCAUCGCUGUCCACAGCGGUAGUAAAAUCAGAGGUAAAAACUGAAUAUUCUGAAGAAGAUGCACAACUUCCACAAACAAAUAUAAUAGAAAUAGAAAGAACAGAUGAAGAAAACGGAGAGGUGCAAACUGUUGUGCUUCAAAAUAUACAAAUAGAGGACAGUGGGGAAGACCAAUUAGCUUUUAUCGGAAAAAUUAUUUCCCAAACCAAUUCUAAUGGAAACUUUCAGAUUAAUUCUUUAGAUGAACAUAGUGUAAUCCGCACAUAUUAUAUAAACAACACUCAAUAUCAAGAAGUAGAAACAGAUGACAUUUAUUAUGAAGAACUAGAAGAAGAUGAAAAUUCCAUAGAAUAUGUAAUAGAAGAAGCUGUAGAAUAUGAAGAAGCCGCUGAUGAAAACAUUGAAUACACCCAGCUUACGACUUUACGUGAUGAAUACGAAUUACACGAUGGUAUUGAAGAAGAAACCGUUGACGAUCCAGAAAUACAAGAAUUUUUGGACGAGGAAGAGACCCAAGAGGAAGAACAAAUGGAAGAAGGAAAUGAUGAAGAGAUAAUGAAACUAAACGCUCUUCAAGAAGGAAACACAACAGAAAAAGAUUAUAAUGUUGAUGAAAAUAACAUUAAAUUGGAAUUCCUGGAAUGUGAUAUGUGCAAUAAGUCCUUCCGGACACCUGCUGGUUUGAAACGCCACAUCACAGUGAACCACGAAAAACGCGAUGAAUUCGAAUGUGAUGAUCCAUUAACUUUGAAGUUGUGUCCAUGUUGUGGAGAGCCGUACGAUACAGCACAUCAGACCGGUGACUAUAAAUGCAACUUUUGUGAAAAACUUUUUACCCAGAGCAACUUCCUUAAACGCCACUUAAGCAUAGAACAUCCAAAAGAUGGCAAAUAUCUUUGCAUCGAAUGUAAAAUUGACUUAGUCACAAAGGAAUUGCUUAUAGAUCAUUUACGAUUCCAUCCGAUCAAGUCUGCUAAAUGUAAAGAGUGUAAUAAAGAGUUUACGAGAAAAUAUCAUCUGGACAGACAUAUUGGCCAAACAGGUUGUAUGGGGCAACCUAGAAAGGUUUUUGAAUGUAGGGUCUGUAAACGAUGCUUUACAAGAAGAGAUAAUUUAGCAGAGCAUUUAAGAAAUCAUGCAGGGCAAUCUAAAAAGAAAAAGAAAUUCACUUGCGAAUAUUGCCAUAAGGAAUUCCAGGGCGUAAAUUUGCUUAACAUUCAUGUUAGAACUCAUACAGGAGAAAAGCCAUAUAAAUGUGAUUUAUGUCCAAAAUCUUUUCCCUCUACCGGAGCCAUGAAGAAACAUAGAAGAAUGCAUACUGGGGAAAAACCGUAUCGUUGUUUUGAGUGUGAUAGAACAUUUGCUGCCAAAGAGACUCUUAAUCGUCAUUACCGUACACAUACUGGUGAGAAACCACAUAAGUGCAAAUUCUGCGGCAAAUCUUUUAUUCAACCUUCGCAAUUACGUGCACAUAUAUUCCACCAUACUGGAGAAAAUGCCUACACGUGCAAGUAUUGUGGAAGAGCCUUCAAUAGAAACCUUAGGUUGACCACGCACAUCAAGUUCAUGCACGAAGGAGCGGAACCACUCCCCUGUUCAAAAUGCGAUAAGACGUUCUUUAGAAAAGAAGACGUAGCUAGGCACAUGUUAUCCCAUAGCGGGGAACGACCAUUCCUGUGUGAAGUAUGCAAUAAAGGUUUUGCAGUUAAAUCAUCCCUAAAGAUUCACAUGAACAUUCAUCGAAAGGAGCAACCUUGCAGCUGCGAGACCUGCGGAAGAGCUUUUAUCCGCCGUGACUGUCUGAUGAGACAUAUUAGGGCUCGGCAUAGAGAUGUACUGGAAGAUAUUUUAGCCAGUGCCGAGAAGAAACGUCUUCAACAACAACUGCUAACAGCUGUCAGUACCUCACCGAUGACUAUAACUGAGAAUAUUGUAUGGAAUGAAUUGACGUUGACAGAGUCUGUUAAAGAAUUAUUGACCCUUUUGGUGGAUGAAGAGUGUCUCCUGGAGUUUGGUUACCCAGACGCUCCUGUUGAUAGAGUUCUUGAUAGUGUUAUUAAGCGUUGUGGACAUACACCAGCUUCUGAAGAAGAUUUCGACUACAUAGGGAGAAUUAGGGAGAACGCCAAGUUACUCUUUACUGCAGUUAUCGACGACGAUGCUGUUAAAGAACUUUUAAAUAACCAAACUGUGGACGAAGUUAUUUUGCACGUUUUAAGAUUGGCUAAGAAACAGCAAGAAAAUAAAUAAUUAAGAAAUGUUUCAUUUUCUUAUUAGAUUAUUUUUGUCUAGUAAUUAUUAUUGUACAUUGUAAUAUUUAUACUAAUAUAUAUUCUAA